UUUCAAUCGAGCUACAUCGAGAACACGGUCUUUUAAAUUGUAGUUCCCUCCGAGUACGUUAAACGAUGGAGAACAGUCUUCUUCUGACUAUCCUAACGGUCUUUGUGGUCGUUGUUAAUGGACGAGUUUAUUAUUUGCCGACUGUGGACGAGAAUCGAUACGCGAAUGACUUAACUUACCCUGUUCCGAAUGAGCAAUCUUCGCGGGAUUUGGAUCUGAGUUUCUCCGCAGGCGACUCGAAUGAGCUUGAUAAUAUGAUACGCCCUGUUAAAAAGGUGUACACGCUUGCCGCGCCGGAAAAGCCGUUCAUCGAAGUGAACAAAGAGGAGCUACCGAUCACACGUUACAAAUUAGUCGAAGCACCUGUUAAGAGAGUCGGAUCGGAUGAUGUCAUCAUGGUCCCGGAGUUGAACCGCAGAAUGGUGAAAAUCGAUAAGAACAACAAAGGUGAAGUGAUCUUGGAGCUUCGCGUUAUCGCUAAUCACGAUUCUGUUUAAGGAAUUUAUCAAGAACACGAAUGCAAGUAAAUACGUAUAGCGUGAUAGAAAGACAGUUUAUUAAUUUUUCACCGACAAUCGGAGGAAAAAAUCGGCUCUAUAUCUUUAUCUGAUAACUUUAACAGGGUAAAUAUUUUAUAUUUUUACGAUGUUCAAUGUAGAGUUUGAGUUAUUAUAAAAGUUAUUAGUAAAAGAAUUAAUGUAAUAAUAUUUCCGAGGUUCUUCAAAUUUCAAAAAGUUAGAAAUUAUCCAAUCUCCUAGAAAUACCUACUAGAUCUCUGUAGAAUUUUCAUCAAACGCAAGUUGAAAUAAAUGAAACACACGACAAAAGGAAGGAACGAUCAACCACUGAAGAAUGUCACGGCAGAAAAAAAUUUCUCGACCGAAUCGCUCUUUGCGAAUCCACAUUGGAUACGUAUCUUCAUCUAUCUAAUCGGCCGCAAACACGCCGGCGAACUUUUCCAUUCAGCCUUUGCAAAUGAGUCCGCAGAUCGAUAUCUCUCGUCAGAUUUGCCCUCGUCCCUAAAAGCCACGUAUCUCUUGUCAUUCUGCGCGUACAUAUCGGGGACUCGGUUCCCCUAAUUGUGCUCUAUCAACGGCCGCGUCAAAGAGAGUUCGUAUCGACAACGAUAGACAGAGGGACGAAACGGGGAAACUGUAUCUCGAUCGACGAAGGAGAGAACUUUAGAUAGAAGUUUAUUAGUCAAAUAAUGUGGAGAGACCGAUGGGUGGAAGGAGAGGAUGUGUGACCAUAUCCGGCUGAAUAUGACGUUCCUCUUCUAUGUGCGUUUCUUCGAGGGUACUCUCGAUUAUAACGAGUGCCGGAUCGCAUUCAGAAAGGUGAAAAAGCUGCAUGCGCCGCAGACUGCAUCACCCUUCCUUCUUCUGUUUUACUCUAAAAGAUCGACCUCGAGCGCGACGAGCAUUCAGACCCUUCGUAUAUGGCACUCGUGAAAAUGUAUCUUUAUGUCCGUGGCGCUGGAUGGUAACUUACGAUCGUAAGUUCGUGCCGUGGAUCUGGAGUAGAGAUACAUUUCCGUCGCUUUUAUUGAUCCUUUUCUUUUGUCCUCAUAGGUCUUGUCUUUUUCAUAAUUUAGCAAUUUGUUUUUUUCAACAAUUUUUAACUGUAGUUGUAAAAUUAACAAGCGAAACAAAAGAUCGGUUUAUUUGUUUUACAAAUUUAACUUAUAAUGUUUGAUUGAAACUUUUUUUUAUCUGUCAUAGAAUAAGAAUUAAUAUUAAAGUAUGAUCCAGCAGGAUGAGAUGGUCUACCAUAGUUAAUAAAACAAUACGAAUUUGUUUCACGUGAUUGAAUCGCAUUACUUUUAUUACGUUCAAUAUACAGAUCGAUUUCUAUUAAUACAUAUAGAUACAAUAGAACGCUACUAUAAUAUGUACACCGCAUAUCACAUACAGUUGAAUUCGGAGCGGAGCGUUUCCGGCCCACGAGGGAUCUCUAAGAUCCUCUAUCUCCACGCCAGAAAAUGACUCUUUUCGAGUCGAGUCUCGAGUGUAAGAUAGGAAGAGUCUCGAAAGAACGACAGACACAGUGAUAUAGACUGCUGAAUGAAAAACUCAGUGUGUCUGGAGAGUGUGUUGUGAUUAAACUGUGAUAUUAAAAAAUGUCGUAAGUUUCAUGCCGUUUGAUUGCGUAUAAAGCAUGAAUCAAUCAACAGAGUAUGCAUAUUGCCUCGUUUUGUCAGAUUAGAGCAGCACAUUCAUAUUUAUCAUUUACGCAAUAGAUAGCACCGAUGAAAGUUCGAGGCUGCUAAUUUUUCAAAUGUAUCGUCUCUAAAUGUGCAAAGUCUCUAAAUAUUCACAUCGAACAAAAAUAAGGGGGCAAAAGAUCGAACAACUCAGUGGCAAGAAUAUCUGAGAAACAUAGCAAGAUGUUCCAUUUUUUCGCUGCUAUCAUUCCUUGACAUCGUGACACGAAAGGAAUAUUAACAUAUUACCAACCAAAUAAUUUAUAUCUUAAUUAAAAAGAUUUCUAGAAGGAAGUCUCUAAAAAAUGUUGGAUUUGAAAGUAAUAUUCACUUCAAGUAGAAUUUAACCGAAAACAUUUCUUUCUUGAUGUAAGAAAUAUUAUUAAAUAUAGUGGGAUUACUUGUUAACAACCUUUUAAAUGUGAUCGUUCCACAACGAAGUAAAACUUUUGUAUUGUAAGAUUCUACAUGAACAACGUAGUGGAGUGAAAACCAGCCGAGAUUGUAAGUGUCGGAGCUACAUCUAUUUAUACAGGCAAGAACGAAAGAAAAUCGUUCGAUUUUCAGGAGUUAUUCGGUUACUUGCGAAGUCUGCUCGGUCGAGGCAUCUGCCUUCGGCUCUUUCACAUAAUCCACCACCAGUUCCAACCCUAUCAACGCCCGAAGAUCCUUCCUCUCUUCUUCCGGGCUCGUCGACGCAACCGAGAUGUCUUCCGAUUUUGGAGAUCUUUCGUCUGCGUUUUGUAACAUACAAAAUGUUUGAUUAAUUAAAGGUACGUCUAUAUGAAGAAUCAACGUGAAGUACGAACAUUUUUCAUUACAAUUUUUGACAGAAAAAACA